UUCUUAUAUAAAUCAGUUGCAUUUUGGAUUGUGUUGAGAGAAGUACUAACAAUGCAGUGUUCCAUUGUUUUCAUAUUAUUUGCGAUAACCUUCGGGAGAUCCCUGUCAGGGCAUUGUGAGGUGGAUGAAUCUCAACAUGAGUGCGGAGGAUACUGUUACGUAGCUGUGAAACCGGUCCUGGAGUACCUCGCCAUCCUUCAAAACCGAGUGGAGUCCUACGAGGCCAAACAGCCCGCAGAUACUCAAUCAAGAAUCGCGGAAAUGGACAAAAAGUUGGAGACUCUAGGAAGAGAGUUGGAAAUCCAGCAGGAAUUGAAAAAGAGCUCCCAACAGGUAGAUACUCUCUCACCAUUGGCCGAAAUUGAAAAAAACGAAAAACUAGAGGCAGGAUUAGAAAGGAUCCAGCAGGAGUUGGAAAAGAGCUCCAAGCAGAUGGCAGAUACUCUAUCAAAAAUCGCGCAAAUAGACGAAAAGCUAUACGCUCAAGGACGACAGAUAGAGAUCCAGCAGGAGUUGACAAAGAUCACCCACAUGCGACUUCAAAGAUUGUUGGUUUUCGAAAAAAUUGGUUCCAAAUACUAUUACAUAGAAAGAAAAAUUAAAAUGAACUGGAGCGAUGCAUUGCACAAAUGCCGUGAGAUGGGAGCUCAUUUGGCGAGUCUGCAAAGCGAGGAUGAGAUAAAGGCACUCUACAGGGUGCUGCAGCCAAACCAGUGGUAUUGGAUAGAUUUGAACGAUAUAAAAAAGGAUAGAGAGUUUAUUUCGGCCACCACUGGCUUGCCGGGAACAUUCUUUCACUGGCAUGAGAACGAACCCAAUAACAAGGACAACUCUGAACAUUGCGUCGAGCUAUACACAUUCAUGUCUACCUCCCAAGCGUUGAUGAACGACCAAUCGUGCAGUGACGGGAAUUUUUUUAUUUGCCAGACAUCCUGGGAUAAAAUACAACAUAAGACGACUCAGAUUAUAUUACAAUAACAACAAAAAUGUUAAUCUCUCUCUC